UGUUCGGACGUGUUCGGACUAUGGACCAAACAUGCCGGCUGUGUACCGAACCACACCAGCAACACUUGGUACUGAUAUCCAGCUACAGAGUGUGUUCUCUCCAGACACAUUUAACGGCAGAUCUAAACGAGCUCAUUCAACAAUAUCUGUCCAUAAGUAAACCCUCGUUGGCGCCAGACGCGGCCAUCUGUCCUGCUUGUCUUCAGGCGAUUGCAGCUUGGCAUUCGUUCCGCGAGAGGUGCCUCGAAAACGAAAAGAGAUUUCAACAGGUUCAAGCGGUUUUGUUCGAAAACGCUACCCUCGGCACAUCGGAGCAGUUCAGCUACGUCGAGGAUCACCUCGUCAAAGAGGAGAAUCCCGUUGAAGAUGGUGGUGCCCUUUACAAGAUCGAGUUUGUCAGCGAUAGCCCACAUGACGCGAAUGUUUCGGAACGGGAAGAGAUUGGAGAGCGAUUCCGCGCGGAACGUCUAAGCUGUGAAGAUGCUGUAGAAACAAUCGAUUCGUUUGGCGAAAGCACUGCCGACGGCAGAUCGGAUUCGGUACGGAUCGCCCGCAAGGACAUGAUGGUUCGCUCGCACAUGAAAUCUAAACGCGGCGAGCGGCGCACGAGGCCUGGCAGAAAACCAAUCUCGAAACGCGGUCGCCAAAAGGUUUCGGAAAAAGAGAAAAGUCUGUCCGGGUUGGUGAAGAACCGUGCGCGGAAAGCGUGCAGCGCGAAACAGCAGCAUUCCCCCGCGAAGAUAUGCCCGAUAUGCGGGAUGACACGCACCGAUAUGACGGCACACAUGCGGUGGCACAACAACGAGCGCCCGUAUCAGUGUCCGUUCUGUCCAAAAAUCUUUGUAAAUAGCUCCAACCUGAGAAACCAUGUCAACUUGCACACGCGUGAGAAAAUGUACAAGUGCGAUCUGUGCGACAAAGAGUUCCCGAGCACCACUGGGCGGAAUAAGCACCGGGAAACGCACGCCACCGAGCGGAUGUACAUGUGCCCCGUUUGUGAGAAAUCGUUCAAGUAUCAAGCGUCCUUGUCCCGCCAUAAGCUGAUUCAUUUUGAGGAGCCCAAAAUAAAGUGCAAGGAUUGUGAUAUGGUCUUUCUAACAAAGGCACGGCUUAGAAAGCACGCCUUCGUACAUCUGGACGUGAAACCAUUCGUGUGUGAUGUAUGCGAUAGACCAUUCAAUAGGAAGGACAACCUCAAAACUCACCUGAAAACACACGAAAAAAGCGUCCCGAAUGGCACCGAAGCAUAACGAACCAAAUCGGCGUUGAAAAGUGAUCUAAAUAUAAUAUUACGAGAUAAAUGUAAUGUAAUAAGAGAUUAGCCAAACCACAGUUAUAUUUUAAACUAAAAAUGGACGAAAUUGGUCCUUCU